AAACAUAAACGAAGGAAUCAGUUUGUACAUGAUAUAUACGUCUAAGGAGUAUUAGUCCAUAGUAAAUAACGUCAUAACACCAUAGAGAUUUGUUGCAUUGCGGGAUGACAUCAUUUCAAAGAAUUGUAUGUGAUAUUUAGAGAAAAGAGGCCAAUGGAGGCAGAUAAACUCACAGAGGAACGCACUGCAGAACUUAAAGAGGCUUUCAGUAUUUUCGACGAAGAUGGUAACGGUACCAUUAACACAAAAGAACUGGGAACUGUGAUGAAAUCCCUGGGACAAAAUCCUACCGAGGCUGGACUACAGGCCAUGAUUAAUGAAGUAGAUGCCGAUGGGACUGGAACAUUAAAUUUCCCAGAAUUUCUUACUAUGAUGGCGACAAUGAAAGACAAAGAUUCCGAAGAAGAAUUGCGAGGAGCAUUUCGAGCAUUUGAUAAGGAUAAAAAUGGUUUUGUAAGUGCAGCUGAACUCAGACACGUGAUGACAAAUCUUGGAGAAAAACUGACCGAUGGAAAAGUGGAUGAAAUGAUGAAAGAGGCUGAUACCGAUGGGGAUGGAAACAUUAAAUAUGAAGAAUUUAUCGUGAUGAUGUCAGCUAAGUGACCUGUCAUUGCUCAAGUUAUAUGUUUAUCCAGAACUAUAAUGCGUUAGAGACUUUUUCUACAUUAUCAAUACACAAUAUCAUUAUUAUAACCACAGUGGUUGAAGAAUAGUCAUUAUUGUUAGAACCCGUUCACACUAGCAUUUUUUUUAAUCGAUCUAAAUUUGAAUCGAUCUAAAUAAAACCAGUUAGCGUUCACAUUAUCUUUAAUCAUAAUGAUCUCUAUCGGUUUAAUCUGAACCACUGCGUUCAAACUACAAGUAAAAAUGCAAUCGAUCUGACCUAAUUACCCGUAAAACUGUAAACAUUGUGUAUAAAUAGAAAUAAUUAAUCAAGUUUGUGUGUUGAUACACUGAAACACACACUUGAAACAAAAAAUGGAUGAAGUUAUUGUUUCUCUUGAAUCACAAGUUCAAAUUCUCUUACUGGUGUUCUUGCAGUUUUUAUUAAUUUUGAAAAUACUGAAGCAAGGAAGUUACACAUAAAUAAAUGCUGCGGUUCAUGAAAAGAAAAAAUCAACAGAAGAAAAGAAGACACAGAUUUUGCAAAUUUAUGCUACGGCGAAGGCAACUUUUUUCCGUUUGUUUUUUUUACUUGCAUGUACACAAAAUCUGUUAACAGAUAAAUGUGGGUUAAACAACGAACCACCGAUAUAUACAGAGAUGUUAUGCUGUUACACGAGUAGUUUUGCCGCUAUACUUGCGCAUAAAUUAUUUUUGAUUCUAGUUUAAACCGAUCUUUGCGUUCACAUUUGAAGUUAGAUCGGCUCACUUUAGAUCGAUUCAAACUAAACUACCUCUUUUGGUGUUUUAGUUUAGACCGAUUAAAGAUCGAUUCAAAGCGUUGACAUUGACCCUUAAAUUGAUCUAAAGUGAACCGAUCUAGUUUAAAUCGAUCUAAUUGUCCUAGUGAGAACUGGGUCUUACAUGUAAUAAAUAAUGUAUUAAAAUUUA